AUGAGCUCAUAUACGCUUCAGACAGAUUUCAACCAGCUUUGGCAAUGGGAUAUCACAGGCCCAGAUUUUGACGAUUUUGACCAUGCAGAACAGAGAAUUCUUCAAGACUGGUCGAUUCCAUUCCGAAAAGAGGUUCCCCGGAAGAAGUCUACCGGUCUCAUGAACGCCUCGUGGAGGGACAAACGAGACACUGCAUCUACUUGUGACGAAUUCCUCCGCUGUCGCAGUACAUCUACUUUGCAGCACUACGAUCAGGUUUGGCUAUCGUGUCUAUCUGACGGCUGUUUUUCUUGGGUUGUGAACGUCUGCUCACACCACAAGUAUACAACACAAUGCUUGCCCUUGUCUAUUGCUGGCUUGCCAGUUCACAUCUGGUCUGACGAUCUCUUGAUCACCACAAAGCCUCCUUCCGAAUCCUCUUCCUGGCUGGAACAUAAGCUCAGGAUCGAUCCGCAUCAGCUCUAUGAUGAUGCCGAUAUCGGAGCUCUGCUUGACUCAUUCCCACGCGCCAUUGGCUUGCGCAUCAUGCUUUCUGGCUGCUGUGAGAUCCUUUACGCCACGAUGGCUGACACAUUGUGGGCAACUCUGGUGUCGCGCAACGCAAGCAAGGACUUGCUGAUACGAUUUGCCGGCGUGCGGCAUACUACUUUGAGAUGCCACGAUGCAAAAACAGCUAAGGGUACCGCCACAUUGUACAGCUCACCAGCGGAUUGCAAACACAAUUCAUUUGCCGAAGCCUGUCUCGGCUUCAAAAUCAGGCUCCAAGAAGAGCCUGGCUGUGAAUAUUGGAUAGCGUCUGGCUCGUCAUUUCGCAAUAAGGCAGAUAAGAUGCAGUCUAUCGCCGCCAACAUAUCCCAUAAAGGAUCUGGUUUCAAUGUAGACCUCGGCCACUUGCAUGGAUCCGUCAUGCAUGCUUCCCGUUGCUCGCAAGAUAUGGUCCUCAUCAAGCAAAAUCUUAACUCGGGCUCUCACAGAAUCGUUUCUUCCCUCACAGAGAGGAUGCCUCUGCAAGACCGCUUUGCAGACCCAGCUCGCGUUCUCAAGAGCCCUUUGACUUUCGUCACGCUUUCACAUGCUGCCUGUCAAUCAUUAUCUGACAAGACCGAUGCUAAUGCCGAGACUGUGCUGCCCACAUGCAAGGAGACUGUGCCCACAAAGCCGGAUCAGACACGAGUCUCUGAGCUAGCUGGCAAGAAUGUGCGCAGCAAGAUCAAGCGUUCCUUGCCAGACACACUCGUUGAAGGCGUCCAGUAUCUGAAAACUCAACAUGCCACGUCUCCGAAGUUCUCCCGCCAUUUGCUUUGGCGCAUCAGCUAUCUUGGUCAGUAUAUGUUCUGCGACAAUGUCUUAUCUAUUGCUGAUUCUCCAAGUAAGGAGAGUGAGGCAGUAGUCUUUCGAGAUUGUUCUGUCGAGUUCUCGUGCAAGCGUUGGCAAAGCACGAAAUGGGGUCAGAAACGGAAGGAGUACAUAAGCUAUAAAAAUCUGUGGAUUCUUCAAAGCGGUGCGAUUCUACCAGAUCAGAUUCAAUCUGCGAGCAUCAUCUGUCCUGCAACUCCCGGCUUCAAGGCGAACAAUGCAUCGGAGAACGGAGAACGAGCAGUCUGA